GAAGACAAAAUGUUAGUUUAUUUGAAAAUAGUAUUGCUUUGUGCUGUUCUUAAUGCCAUUAUCAUAGCUACCUCUGGCCAAUGUAGUGAACCAUCGCCACCUGAACAUGCCUACACAUUAACAGUUUCCCAAGUCUCAUACACAUCAGGAGAGAUCUACGAGUUUCUAUGUGUACCUGGUUAUACUUUAGAUGGGAGCGGUAACCUGACAUGUUCCGGUACCAGUUGGAUCCCUGGUCUACCAUCGUGUAUUCCAGCAGAGCUGUUAAAAUGGUGGGUAUAUCUGGUUUGUGUUGUUGCUGCAAUCAUCCUGAUUCCCUGUAUCCUACCAAGGGUAUAUGCUUGUAUAUGUAAAAGAAAGAGUAAAGCUGAUGACCGUAAACCUCUGACAAAGGAAAAAGGUAGUUACCAUGGUAAAGGUGGUGAACCGCCCGGAGUAUGGAGGAACAAUAAACCAAUAACACCAGUAACUGAUAAAGGGAAACACAAACUUAGCUCACUUCAAGAUAAUUACUCAGGUUAUCCUCACUCAAAGAAUAAUCAUUAUUACUGAACGUUAUAACUUUAUCAGUGUUUAUAUACAUGUAUUAAAAAACCUUCAACUUAAUUUGUUUGAUGACAAUUGAAUAAGUUGUAUUGAUUAUCUUACAAAAUAAUCUUAUGGGUUAUAAGAAAUGUAACAGUUUUAAAUUUUGUUGUUGUUGUUUUUCUAUUUACAACAUAAUGUCACCUGUUGUUAUCGGUUUUUAAUAAAAAGAAAGGGUUGCUUGCGAUCACUCAGUCAAA